AUGUCUCUACUCCGUCGUAGGGUUGGGCUGAGGCAGACUCAAGGAGACCCCAAACUCUUAGCGGCCGUGAGCAGUAGAACAUUGGCGACAGCAGACCAGGGGAUGAGGAAGGAGUCCAGGGUCGUUGCACCGACGCCGUCAGAGAGAUUGGAGAUGGCGUCAUUUCCAGUGAUGAAGAAGUUUGCUGUGAAGGGGAGGGACUAUGGGUUAGACACAGACAAGAGUUGCCACCUUGCUUUUGGCUUCAGAGAUGGACUAUUGGACAAUGGUAACUUCGAGCUGGGCCCGAAAUCCUCCGACCUCAACAAGACCAUCCUUCUCAGGCCCAAUGCCAUACCCAGUUGGCACACGUCGGGCUUUGUCGAGUACAUCAAAGCUGGCCAGAAGCAAGGUGACAUGCUAUUGGUGGUCCCCGAGGGGUACGCGGCCGUUAGGCUCGGAAAUGAGGCGUCGAUCAAGCAGUACGUAAAAGUGACCAAGGGAAUGUACUACUCGUUAACCUUUAGUGCGGCCCGAACUUGCGCCCAAGAGGAGAGGGUGAACGUGUCCGUGGCCCCUGAUUUUGGGGUGCUCCCGAUCCAGACGCUGUACAGCAGCAGCGGCUGGGACUCGUAUGCUUGGGCUUUUCGAGCCAGCUAUGAUGUUGUUGAGAUUUUAAUUCACAAUCCGGGCGUGGAGGAGGACCCGGCGUGCGGCCCGCUCAUUGAUUCGGUUGCUAUUCGGGCCUUGUAUCCGCCGAAGCCCACGAGAGACAACCUUUUGAAAAACGGGGACUUUGAAGAAGGGGCGUACAUAUUCCCAAACACGAGCUGGGGCGUCCUCAUCCCCCCAAACAUCGAGGACGACAACUCGCCCCUGCCAGCCUGGAUGGUCGAGUCCCUCAAGGCCGUGAAGUACAUCGACUCAGCACACUUCUCGGUCCCCCACGGACUGCGGGCCAUCGAGCUUGUCGGGGGAAGGGAGAGCGCGGUGGCCCAGGUGGCCCGGACGGUCGCGGGCCGGGUCCAUCUGCUCACGUUUGCGGUCGGGGAUGCCAGCAACUCGUGCGAGGGGUCGAUGGUUGUGGAGGCGUUCGCGGGCCGUGACACGGUUAAGGUCCCGUACGAGUCUAAGGGCAAUGGCGGGUACAAGAGGGCCGUGCUGCGGUUUGUGGCCCCCACGAAUCGGACCCGGAUCAUGUUCUUCAGCACCUACUACCACACGAGGAGCGACGACUUUGCGUCCCUGUGUGGGCCCGUGGUGGACGACGUGAGGCUAUUGAGCUCCGAUGCUGGCGACAUUCUCCAAAGAAAUUCACGGCGACGUCUUAAAGGAAAGAAACAGAAUAUGUCAGAAAACGGGGCAACGCCGAAUUGGGAUUUCGAGGACGAAAUUCAAAGCGAAGGGAAUGAAAUUGAAGAACACUCGAGCUGUGAAGACAAAGACAGCAACGAAUUAAGUAAAUAG